UUUUCAAAGCGAAAAACAAUUCUUGCUGACGAAUUCCAAGUAUCGAUACUCUUAGUCUGCUUCACAACAAGUACAAUAACAACUACAACACCACAACAAUAAUAGCAAAAACAGUCGCAGCCGCAAUCGCAAUAUCCGUGAAAGUGCAAUUCUCCGGCAAUUUCAAUUUCAACAAAAUCCGUAUGUCAGCUAUAAAAAAUCAGGAAUACGACUGCACAGCCAAGUGCAGGCAACGUGAGCAUGGCAACAGCAUUACGGCGGCAAUUACAAAACGCUCUAUUGACGAUCAAAAACUUGCCGCAUUUAUCGCCAAAACCUGCGCAAAUUUUAAUAAUAUACGCGACUAUCUUGGCCGCUCCGCCGUGCAUAUGUGUGCCUCCGUGGCACGCUACACAAUACUAGAGUGGCUGCUCAAUCACGGUGCGCACAUUGACGAACGCGACUACGAGUCCGGAAGCAGUCCAUUGCAUCGAGCAUUGUUCUACGGCUGCAUCGAUUGCGCUGUGCUGCUGUUGCGCUAUGGCGCCAGUUUAGAGCUGCUGGACGAAGACACUCGCUGUCCGCUGCAAGCCAUUUGCCGAAAGUGGGAUGUGGAGCCAACUGUUACGUCCCAAAACGAAAUCCUUGUCUGGGGCUCGAAUAAAAACUACAAUCUAGGCAUCGGCAAUGAACAGAACACCAAUUCACCGCAGGCGGUGGAUUUCUUUCGCAAAUCAAAUUUGUGGAUCGAACGCAUGGCGCUUGGCGCCUACCACAGUCUCUUCCUCGACAGCAAGGGUCACCUCUAUGCCGUAGGUCAUGGCAAGGGCGGCAGGCUGGGCAUUGGUGUGGAGAACAGCUUACCUGCGCCCAAGCGUGUCAAAGUGCCACUGAAGCAAGCCAAUGAACAGAUCAUCUGCCUCAGCGUCUCCAGACAGCAUUCGCUGCUGCUCACGAAUCGUUCACUAGUCUUUGCCAGCGGUGUCAACGACAAUCAUCAGCUGGGCGUGCGUGACGCUGGUGAAAGUCUGGCCACGUUCAAGGAAGUUGUUUCUCUACGUGACAAAGGUGCCAGCGAUUUGCUACGUGUCAUAGCCUGUGAUCAUCAUUCUAUUGCCUACAGCGCCAAGUGCAUUUAUGUUUGGGGCGCCAAUCAGGGGCAGUUUGGCAUCAGUUCGCAGACAAAGACGAUACAAGCACCAACAUUGAUGAAGCUGCCGGAUCGAACGUCCAUUAACUUUGUGGAGGCCAACAAUGCAGCCACUGUGGUCUACACAACGGAGAAGCUAAUCUUCUUGUUCUACGCGGACAAGACAAGAACAAUAAAGACGCCCAACUACGAAGAUCUCAAGAGCAUUGCGGUGAUGGGUGGCAACAUUAAGAACUCCACUAAGGGCUCCGCUGCAGCGCUCAAACUCUUAAUGUUGACGGAGACGAAUGUAGUGUUCCUCUGGUACGAGAAUACGCAACAGUUCUACAACUGCAAUUUCUCUCCGAUUCGCUUGCCGCAGGUGAAGAAGAUCCUAUAUAAGUGCAAUCAAGUUUUAAUACUCUCCGAUGGCUGCGUUUAUCGAGGCAAAUGCAAUCAGCUUGCCUUUCCCGCUGGCAGUCAAGAGAAGCCCAAGCACAACAUGGACAUCUGGCAGAAUAACGAUCAGAAUCGCACGGAAAUCUCUAGGGAACACUAUGUGCGAAUCGAUUUGCAGCGUGUGCCAAACAUUGAUCGUGCUGUAGACAUUGUUUGCGAUGAGAGUUUCUCCUCAUUUGCUGUGCUCCAAGAGUCGCACAUGAAGUACUUCCGCAAGCCAGCGCUGCCCCGACGUGAGCAUCAUUUCAAAAAGCUCUAUCACGACACCUGCGAUUCGGAUGCGGUGCAUGAUGUUGUGCUGCAUGUGGAUGGCGAACGCUUUGCCGCGCACAAGUUUAUCAUCUUUAGCCGGGCACCAGGACUGCGUGAAUUGAUACGUUGCUAUCUGGAUAAAAAUGUCUAUUUGAACUUUGACAAUUUGACGGGGAAAAUGUUUGAACUAGUGCUGAAGCACAUCUACAGCAACUACUGGCCAACGGAGGAUGAUAUCGACUGCAUACAGCAGAGUCUGGGUCCGAACAAGCCACAAAAGCGCAGUCGAGUGUGUGAAAUGUUUCUCGCACAUUUAGUCAAGUUUCAGCUUCAAGAACUUGCCAAAUAUGUGCAGAGUUACAUAUCGGAACAGCAGUUUCCACUACCCAACAGACAGCGAUUUAGUCGAAUGCAUCGCACGGAUUUCCCAGAGCUCUAUGAUGUGCGCAUCGUUUGUGAAGAGGGCGAAGUACUGGAGGCGCACAAAUGCGUUUUGGUGGCACGACUCGAGUACUUCGAGAUGAUGUUCAUGCACUCCUGGGCAGAGCGCACGACUGUUAACUUUGAAAGCGUUCCCUUGGAGUAUUUGGAGCCCAUACUCGAUUAUCUAUACAGUUUGGAUACGGAGGCAUUUUGCAAGCAAAACUAUUCGGAAACGUUUCUUUACAAUAUGAUAACGUUAUGCGAUCAGUAUUUUAUUGAAUCGCUGCAGAAUGUGUGUGAAUCGUUAAUUCUAGACAAGAUUAGCAUUCGCAAGUGCGGCGAAAUGUUGGACUUUGCUGCAAUGUACAAUUGCAAGCUCUUGCAGCAAGGCUGUCUUGACUUCAUCUGCCAAAACCUCGCACGCGUGCUGACCUAUCGCAGCAUCGAGCAAUGCGAUGCAAGCACGCUGCAUCUGCUCAAUACUCAUUACCAAAAGAUGUUCAAGACAGUGUUUGACUAUCGUCAAAUUACACCCUUCUCAGAGGCUAUAGAAGAUGAGCUGUUGCUCAGCUUUGUCGAUGGUUGCGAGGUCGAUUUGGACUAUCGCAUGAGUGCGGACGGAAAGCUGAAGGAAGCUGCACGGCACAAGCAAAAGGACCACAACAAGCAGGAUGCACAUCACUAUGAAAAGCAGGCGAUCUCUACCAUGAUGCGUUCGUUGAGCAUCAGCGAAUCCGCUGCAUCGCCAGCUGAUGAAAAGACUGCAGCGCAGGUCAGCUCGCCAACCGAGGUGAAGAACUGGUCGCGUGUCGUGGAUAAAAAGGAACAAAAACGCAAGCUGGCAGAGACGGCACUCAAGGUGAACAAUGUCCUGAAGCAAGAGGAUCAGCCAAGCCCAGAACUAGUUGUUAUGUCGCCUCGCAGCUUUACGGAACGGACGCCAGUAAAGGAACAAACGCCACCAAUGCCCGAUAGUCCAACGGAGGCCAGCACACCCAUAAGCAAGAGCUACAACUUGGAUCUCAGCACACUGAUGCCACAGUCCCAGAAGUUGUCGCAAAAGCAGCGCAAGCGCUUAUCCUCUGAGUCGCAGAGUUGGCGCGCCAGCAGCUCAGCAACGUUGGAGUUGAACACAACCCCCGUGGUGGUGCCCAAUGCUUGGGGCAUCUCUAGCAACUCGCCUGCCACCUACCCAGAGCCAGCAUUUAACUCGUCAGCUGCCACGGGCAGCAGCGCAGAUCCCACCUCGUUUGCGAAUAUGAUGCGUGGACAGGCGACGCCUGCAACAGUGUCAGCAGAUCAGAGCAAUAGCUUCUCCAAGAUUCUAGCCGAUGAGCGUAGGCAGCGCGAGAGCUACGAGCGCAUGCGCAACAAAUCUCUAGUCCAAACUCAAAUUGAGGAGACGGCCAUUGCCGAGCUGCGUGAGUUCUACAACGUGGACAAAAUUGACGACGAAACUAUCACCAUUGAGCGCAAGUCUCGACCAAGUGACAUCAAUUUCAGCACCUGGUCAAGGCAUUGAACUAAAUCAUUUAUUAACUGAUUUAAGUGUGAGUGUGUGAAGAUUUGUUUUUGAAUUUUUAAUUUUUGUUGACAAGUGCAGAAUAAAGACGUGGCGUCUCCGGCCAUGGCAGACGCUUAGAUGUAGAACUCCGAUCCACCUGGAAAAGGGUGCAUUAAUUUUGGUUGUGUGGGUUUGUUUGUUGGGGAGGGGGAGCGCAGAGGGACAAAACACACAUUGAGUAACAACAUUUUAUUAUUAUUAAUUAAUUAAUCAUGUGUUUUCUACUUUAUAGUGAUAUAUAAGAUAUUUACAAGUUGGUGGACAAUACAAAAGACACAGACAAAUACGAGACACAGGACAAAUAAAUACAGCAUAUAUAUAUAUAUAUAUAAGUGGAUAUACUAUGGUACUACUUAGAUUGGGAAAACGAGAUACCAAACCCAAAAAAAAACAUGAGAUAAACAUUGUGAAUGCAAAGGAUUCUAAUCUCAAAAGCACUCCUUACGAAAAGCGAAUCCAUACUGAUCGCAUUUGACGCGCAGCGUCUUCGCCAGCUGAGGCGGUCCGCAAUAGAAGACCGUAACCUUGCCCUUCUGCUGUGCCUGCAGCUGCUUGAACACCUUGUCCCAGUUGGGUCGUCCUGCAUUCGUGCGUGUCUUGAGUCCAGUGAUCAGAUCUCGUUUACCCUAAGGGAAUAGAGAAGAUAUAGUCAACUCUUGGCAGUUCGAAGUGGUUCUUCUAUAAUACCUUCUCGUGCAGCAGAUCCAGCGCAAGUUGCAGACCCACCGCCUUCAUGUCCGUGCGCUGCAACGCGCUUGUAAUGUACAUGUGCAUGUCCAGGAAUCUAAAGAGAAAGGAUAACUUGAGAGAACAGUAAAAGUAAAAAGUUUCGUGUGUAAUUACCGCUCCAUGGCGCCACCUAACUCAGCCUGCUCGAUCUCCAGCUGCGACAGCAGAUUGACAAACCACUCGAACGAGCGUUGAUCCCGA